CUAAAUGCUAUGAUGAAAAGUCUAUUAAUAUUUUUACCAAACACAUUUUAUAAAGAAAAAGCUGGAUACAUUUUUGGUAAAGUAAUAUAUGAUGAUAGUACGGAAGUUAAAAAAUUUUAUAUCAUUGGAGUAUGUAAAAUAAAUAAUUUUGAAACAAUGAAAUAUGCCAAUAUAAUUGGAUAUUAUUCUGGUACAGAAGACAAACAAGAACAUAUGGAUAAAAAAUAUUUAGAUUGGCUUAAUAUAUGUUUGAAUCCUAUAUCUUCUAAAAACAAUAUUUACGAUUACAUUCUAAAAAGUAUUAUUGUAAAUAAUAAAAAAAUUUCUAUUUUACAUUAUCAUAUAGUUAUUAUAAUAUAUGAUCAAUUAGUUUUUAAAGAAACAGAAUUAUUUACUCAAAGAGCAAUAUAUGGAGAUCACUUUUAUGAGUUAAUGAAAAUUAUACAAGACAAACAAGUUGAAAGAGAAAUACAGAAGAAAGGAAAAUAUAGUUAUAUAAAAGAAAUAAUAUUUGUAUAUCAUAUGUUCUUAUAUUUUUAUCCAAUUCUUUUUCUUAAUAAAAUAACUAAUAAAUUAUUACCAAUUUUAAGAUAUUCUUUUCUUGGUUUACAUGUUAAUGGAUGGUUAGAAAAUGCAAAAUGGAUGUUGAUUACUAUAAUAAAAAACAAAAAGUUCACAUUGAAGACUGGUAACUAUGUUUUUGCACUGAUAAUAGAUAUGUUGUUGGGAAUCUCUAUAUUACAAUUAUUGUUAUAUUACUUUGAAUAUACUUCUCCUUCUCAGAUACUUUUGAAUAAUGCAGAGAAAGUAGUAACCUUCUUAAAAGAUUUAAUUAAUUGGUUAAUGGGUGUACCAGCUGGUUUAAAACUAAAUCAUGCUUUAAAUAAUAUGCUUGGAAAAUUUUUUUUAUAUCACAUACAUAUGUGGUGGACAUUUUUAAUAUUUAUGAAACCUGUAAUGGAUUUCACAUUUGAAGUAUUAGUACUGUUUGGAAGACUUGGUAUUACGUUUCAAAUAGCAAUAGCAGCUGAUCUUCUGGCAGUUGUCAGUUUUCAUGCAUAUUGUAUUUAUGUAUAUGCAGCAAGACUUUUCAAUAUUCAAUUAAAAGGUAUUACUGCUUUGUUUCGAUUAUUUUUGGGUAAAAAGAAGAAUCCAUUAAGAAAAAGAAUUGAUUCUUGUCAAUAUCAACCUGAUCAACUUUUUGUAGGAACUUUAUUAUUUACUAUUUUAUUGUUUCUGAUGCCAACAACUUGGGUUUAUUAUGUAGUUUUUACAAUGUUAAGAUUAGCAUUAAUUAGUUUUGGAGGUUUAUUAACAAGAAUGAAAUUUUAUCUUCAAGUUAUGCCUGUAUAUGCUUUUUUCAAAUGGUUAUUCCACUCUUAUAGUACAUGCAGUACUGUUAAUAUUAAAAUAUAUUCACAUAAAACUGAAAGACCAAUAAUAUUAAUAAUGACAUUGGUAGUAGCAUCAUGGAAUUAUACAUGGAAUAAAUGUAUACCAGAUACAAUUAUUUAUCAUCCACCUAUAGAAUGGAAUAAGAUAAUAAAUAACAUAAUAUGGGGUGAAUUACUAUAUCCAUUAUAAUAAAUGAAUUUUAAUUAUUUAUUUAAAGUUCUAUUUAAUU